CCGACCGCGGCCGAGUCACUGCAGAGAGCGAGCCAGGGGGGACCGCACAGCGACCUGCAGCUGACCGCGCCGGCGGAGCUCAGAGCCGGCUGAGAUCGCUGUCCCAGGGCAGCCAAGGAGGCGCGGGCAGCACAGCAAACGUCACAGGUAUCGCUCUGGACGCAGGAAGUGCGCAUCCCUUGGUUUGCCUUAAAAUAGGGUUUGAGUUUCCCUGUCAGCGUACAGUAUUUGGUGGAGCUGAACAGAAAAUUUACCGCCCGCCUCGGGGCGUCCUUGGCUGGCCCAGACCCGGGAGCUGUCUGCCAGCCGGAGCGUCCGAGGAGGAGCCUGCUCUUGCAGAGGGUCAGCCCUGCGCCUUGCCUGGCAAGAAGACUGUAGUCGUGGAAGUCAGCUACCUACUCAAGGAAUAUGAAGAUUUUAUUUGUCGAACCUGCCGUUUUCCUUAGUGCAUUUGCUAUGAGUCUGACCACCCCACUGACAACACAGUAUGUGUAUAGGAGAAUAUGGGAAGAAACAGGCAAUCACAGUUUUGCAUUUGAUAGUAAUAUUUCUGAGUGUGAACAAAAUGAAAACAGCACACUUUUUGCAUUCCAAAAGGAAGUUCAGAAAAAAGUGUCUCUUUUUAGUCUGCAGAUGGAACUAAGUGGGUUAAUUCCUGGUCUGGUGUCUACAUUCAUACUUUUGUCUAGUAGUGAUCAGCGUGGACGAAAAUUCCCUAUGAUUUUAUCUUGUAUUGGUAUUCUUGCAACUAAUGUUUGGCUAUGUUUGCUUUCCUAUUUUGCUUUUCCAUUCCAGCUUUUGAUUGCCUCUACUUUUAUUGGUGCUUUUUUUGGGAGUUUCAACACAUUUUGGUCAGCUUGUUUUGCUUAUGUAGUUGAUCAGUGUAAAGAAGAUAAACAAAAAACAAUUCGAAUAGCUAUAAUUGACUCCAUGCUUGGAAUUGUUUCUGGACUAACGGGGUUGUCGUCUGGCUAUUUUAUUAGACAACUAGGUUUUGUGUUGUCAUUUUUAAUUAUUGCUGUGGCUCUUGCUGUUAAUUUGGUCUUUAUUUUAUUUUUCCUUGGUGAUUCAGUGAAAGAGUCUUCAUCUCAGAAUGUUACUAUGUCAUGUAUGGAAAGCUUUAAAAACCAGUUUCAGCGAACUUACAUGCUUUUUAAAAAUGCUUCUGGCGAGCAGCGGUCUUUUCUCUGUUUAUUACUUUUCACAAUGGUCAUUUAUUUUUUUGUGAUAAUUGGCAUUUUCCCAGUUUUUAUCCUUUAUGAAUUGGGUUCCCCUCUCUGCUGGAAUGAAGUUCUUAUAGGGUAUGGAUCAGCUUUGGAUAGUGUCUCCUUUUUUAGUAGUUUUCUUGGAAUAUGGCUUUUUUCCUACUGCAUGGAAGAUAUUUAUAUUGCCUUCAUUGGAAUUUUUACCACCAUGGCAGGAAUAGUUGUGACUGCUUUUGCCAAAACCACGCUGAUGAUGUUUUUAGUCAGAGUGCUGUUCUUUUUUCUUAUUGCGCCUCUGUCUGUUUUGAGAUCCAUGAUGUCAAGAGUGGUUCGUUCUACUGAACAAGGUACCCUGUUUGCUUGUAUUGCAUUCCUAGAAACACUUGGUGGAGUCAUUGCAAUUUCUGCUUUCAAUGGAAUUUAUUCAGCCACUGUUGCUUGGUACCCUGGCUUCGUUUUUUUGCUGUCUGCUGGUAUAUUACUCAUUCCAGUGAUCAAUCUAUGUGCUGCCAAGUAUAUCAGCUGGAAUGAGGGGAGCUAUGCAGUUCUUGCACAGAGGGAGCCCAGAGAAGACACUUCAGGGAGAUGAUUUGGAACAUUAAUGGGACAUACGGUAAUUUUUGAGGAUUCCAGAUGAACUGUGCAAUCAGUGCUUUAUUAAUAAUCAAUGUUACACAGUCUUCUUUUUCCCAAACAAAACAGAAUCAGAGUCUGGGUUUCGCUUCUUCCAGCACUUUGGCACUUUGAGGACUUUGUGCUUAUCCUGCACUAUGUUUACAGUACACCAAAGAAAUCUCAGCGAACUUCUCAGUUUGGACCUAAAGAUAAAACUGAAACUAAAAAGUGAAAGGAGGAAUUAAGAAACUCUAAAGUCAAAAGCAAUAAUCUCACUGACAUACUCUGGUCACUUUAAUACUGAAACCAGGAAGAACUGUUUACCUCAAUCUCUUCACCUGCAAAAUGGGUUUCGGAUCACUGUCAGGGAAUUAGAAAGUAUAAUGAAAAAUUAUGAAAAACGACGGGUAUAAAAAUGAUUUAAAUUUCAAAUAAUGAUAUAAUUUCACCUAUCCUUGAGUAAUUGUAAUUCUUUGUUUUAUCGAGAGUCAAAGCUUUGAAUAGAUGCAUAAUCCUUAAAAGAGAAGCACUUUAAAGAAUAUACACUUCUUACUUUUCCCAAUUUAUUUCAUCAGUGACAAGCACAAUAUUUUUAUAUGUAACACAGGUGAUUGAGAAAAAUAUUGUAAAUAAGACUGUCUUAAAGAAAUUUAAAAACUGAACACGUAAUUGUGAUGAAAAGUAAUAUUGUUGAGCAAUGGUGGAAACCUAUGACACCACAGUGGGCACGCAGAGCCCUCUCUGUCAGUAUGUGAGACAAGUCACCCUAGCAGCCGAGCAGCUGUUUUUUCUAAACUAAAACCUCAGUUUCAGCUUUAACUGCAGUAUUGGCACUUUGCAAUAAAUCAGUGGAUUUUGGGUUGCAGUUUGGGCACUUGGUCCUUAAAAGGUUAGCCAUUGCAGCUAUAGAGCCAAUAUUCACUUCUUACUUCAGUAAAAGGAUGUCCACCUUCCAUUAACCUUGGCCAGGAAUUUUACGUUUAUUCUUUCUUUCCCAUCUCUUGCUCAUCCUCAGGGCAUUUCUAAAAUACAGAUCUUGCACUCUACAAGUCAGAAUCCUCAGCAUCUUUCAUCCAUAGGAAAAUGAUAAAACAAGGAAGCUAUCAUGAACUGUCCCCUCUGUAUCCUAUUAAGUAGUGCUUUAUACUCAUCCUGGGAUCCAUCCUCUCAGAAAAAAAAACACAUUCUCUUGUACCUCCGUGUCUUAUUACAUAGCUCCAUUUGCCUUUCCUCCCACCCAAUAUCAAAAUGAUCAGUCAAAACAUUGCUUCCCCUGUGUAGCUAAUUGUUUUUUGCUUUCUUUUUUUUUUUUGGUACCAGGGAUUGAGCUCGGGUCCUUGUGCUUGCGAGGCAGGCGACAGAACCCCUGAGCUAAAUUCCCGGCCCCUGUGUAGCUGAUUGUAUUAGUCACCUUCCUGUUGCUGUGACAGAUCACUGAACACUGCAGCUUAUAGGAGGAGAGAUUUUUGACGCAUAGUUUCAAUGGGAUCAGUCCA